AUGGAUUGCUUAUAUGGAAAAUGUACAGAGUGCUCGCGUUAUAAUACUUCCUUUGCCAGGUGCCAGUCGUGUUAUCCUUUUAAAACCACUCUAGGAUGGACCGGUGGAAAUAAUGAUGUCGAUAUUUGUAUUAAAAAUUUUCAACUUAAAAGUACAAUGCAAUUAGAAGAUAAUGAACGUGAAAUAUACGGAAUAACACAGGAUGCAACAAAUAGCGAAUACACGAUUGUAAUAGAUGAAUUUUAUCACAAAAGGGAUAUUAAAUAUGGAAAAUGUACACAGUGCGAGAGAUAUAAUACUUCACAAGCCUGGUGUCAAUCAUGUGAUCCUUUUAAAUCAACUCAAGGAUGGACUAGUGGAAAUAAGGAUUUCGAUGACUGCAUUAAAGAGUUUCAACUUAAAAGUACUGGAUAUGAAAAUGUAAUUGAGUGGAUUCCGUUUAAUAGGUUAUCAAGCUUUCAGAAAAUAAGAUUAAAUUUUCAAGCAUUGUGGUUAGAUGGAAUACGAGAGGUCAAAAAUAAUCUAAAGUCACGUACAUUAUCAUAUUCAGUUGAAAUUAAGAAAUUUAAUAAUUUACAAAUUGACACAUUAGAAUUUAUAAACGAAUUUAAAAAUUACAUGAAAUUAGGAAAUAAUGAACGUAAAAUAUACGGAAUAACACAGGAUAGAAUAACCAGUGAAUACAUGAUUGUAUUUGAUGAAUUUUAUUACAAAAGGGAUAUCAAAUAUGGAAAAUGUACACACUGUGAGAGAUAUAAAACUUCCAUUGCCUGGUGCCAAUCAUGUGACCCUUUUAAAACAACUCAAGGAUGGACUAGUGGAAAUAACGACAUCGAUGUUUUCAUUAAAGAAGCACAACUUACAAGUACCAAUUAUGAAGAUGUAAUUGAGUGGAUCCCGUUUAAUAGGUUAUCUAACUUGCAAAAAAUAGGAUUGAACUUUCAAGCACUGUGGUUAGAUGGAAUACGAAAUAUCAAAAAUAAUACACGGACACGUUUAUUAUCACAUGCAGUUGAGCUAAAAAAAAUUAAUGAAUCACAAAUUAACACAUCAGAAUUAAUAAAUAAAAUUAAAAAUUAUAUUCAAUUUAUGGGUAAUGAAUAUAAACUAUAUGGAAUAACACAGGACACAAUGACUGAUCAAUAUAUGAUUGUAUUUGAUGAAUUUUAUUAUCGUAGGAGUAUUACAGAUGGAAAAUGUAAACAAUGCGAAAGAAAUAAUACUUCAGAAGCCUGGUGCCUAUCAUGUGACCCUUUUAAAACUACUCAAGGAUGGACUAGUGAAAAUAAGGAUAUCGAUGAAUGCAUUAAAGAGCUUCAACUUAAAAGUACUAAUUAUGAAAAUGUAAUCGAAUGGAUUCCAUAUAAUAUGUUAUUUAACUUUCAAAAGAUAGGAGAAUCAAAAUUUCUAGCACUAUUAAUAAAUGGAAUACGAAAAGUCAAAAAUAAUUCACAGUCACGUACCUUAACAUGUGUAAUUAAACUUAAGAAAUUUAAUUAUUCACAGAUUGACACAUUAAAGUUUAUAAAAAAAUUUAAAAUGAAAUUGAGGAAUAACGAAAGCAAACUAUACGGAAUAACACGUGAUCCAACAACUGGUCAAUAUAUGAUUGCAUUUGAUGAUUUUUAUUACAAAAGAGAUAUUAUAUAUGGAAAGUGUAAACACUGUGAAAGAUAUAAUACUUCAGAAGCCUGGUGCCAGUCGUGUGAUCUUUUUAAAACUAUUCAAGGAUGGACAAGUGGAAAUAAUGCUGUCGAUGAGUGUAUCAAAGAGUUUCAACUUAAAACCACUAAAUACGAAGACUUUAUUGAGUGGAUUCCUUUUUAUAAGUUAACAAACUUGCAAAAGAUAGGAAAAUUAGAGUUUAAAGCACAGUGGUUAUCUGGAAUACGAAUUGUCGAGUCACGCAAUCCGUUAUAUUCAAAAGUUAAUACAUUGGAAUUUAUACAAUCACGCACGUUAUCAUAUGCGGUUGAACUUCAAAAAUUUAACGAUUCACAAAUUGACGCAUUAGAAUUUAUAAAAAAAGAUAGUAAACUUAGAUUAUACGGAAUAACACAAGAUACGACAACUAAUCAAUAUAUGAUUGUAUUUGAUGGUUUUCAUUAUGGAAGAGAAAUUAUAUAUGGAAAAUGUGCACAUUGCAAUAGAUAUAAUACUUCAGAAGCCUGGUGCCAGUCAUGUGAUCCUUUUAAAGUAAUUCAAGGAUGGACUAGUGGAAGUAAAGAUAUCGAUGAUUGCAUUAAAGAGUUUCAACGUAAAAGUACAAGAUAUGAAGAUGUGAUUGAAUGGAUUCCAUUUAAUAGGUUAUCUAAUUUGCAAAAAAUAGACGAAUCAAUAUUUCAUGCAUUAUGGCUAGAUGGAGCACGAAAAGUCAAAAACAACACACGAUUGCGUACGUUAUCAUGUUUAGUAGAACUUCAAAAAUUUGAUGGUUUACAAGUUGAUGCAUUAGAAUUUAUAAGAAAAUUUAAAAGUUUUGUGCAAUUUGAGAAUAAUGGACAUAAAAUUUUUGGGAUAACUCAGAAUGCAUCAUCGGAACAAUAUAUGAUGGUAAUUGAUUAUUGCAUUUCUAGGAGAGCUAGGAAAUACGGGGUAUGCAGAUGGGAUGGACAUUAUAACACUUCGAGAGGCUGGUGUCAAUCGUGUGAUCCUUUUGAAAUGACUCAAGAAUGGACAAGCGAAAGUAUUGAUGUAGAUGAUUGUAUCAAAGAAUUUCAAUUUAUGGCCACCAAAUAUGAUAAAGUAAUAGAAUGGAUCCCUUUUGAUAGAUUAAAUAAUAUACAGCAGAUCGGGAAAGGGGGAUUUGGUGACGUUUUUUCCGCAAACUGGAUAGAUGGAAAAAGAAAGGUUUUAAAUGACGGCAAAAGAUUUAUACAGUCACGAACACAAUCUUACUUAGUCGCACUCAAGACUUUAUCUGGUUCCUCUAGUUCUGCGGAUUUCUUAAGAGAAGAUUUAGCAUUAAAAAUCUGUAACGGAUUAAGACCAAAAUUUGCUUCAGGGACUCCCGAUUUUUAUGUCGAAUUUUCAGAACUGUGUAUGAAUUUUGAUCCACAAAAACGACCUACUGCUGAAGAAAUUUUUCAUAAGUUAGAAGAAUGGUAUCAUUUGAUUAAUGAGUUUGAUGAAACAGAAUAUUACUAUGAUAUUCAAGAGAUUGACAGAUUUGAAUUUGAAGAAAUCGAUGAAUCAAAAGUAGAAAUGUUUAAUAAAUUCUUAGAAUCUGAUGAAAUAGUUAAACAGUUGCCAAUGGCUGCGCAAAUACAUCAAGAUUCUGAGUAUACUAGCAGAUUUAUUAAUACUAAUAGUGUUUCCGAACGGUAUUGGCAAG